UCUCUCUCCUUCUCUACGACUCUAUCUAAACUUCCCCGUGACAACCAUGCAAAAACUCACCGCACCCUCCCUCCUCCUCCUCCUCGCCAUCUACACCGCCGCCGCGUCCAAAACAGCACCGAGCCCAGCAGCGGACGCCGACAUCUCACCGGUGCCAUCGCCUGCCGACAGCGACGAGCACUUCCUGAAAACCUGCGUCGAGAAGUUCACCGACGAGUGCGGGAACCAGGUGUUCCGCGGCGUGUUUCAGCACGCGGCGGUCACGGGGCCAUGCUGCAAGAACCUCGUGGGCGUGGGGAAGCGGUGCCACGACGGGCUGGUUCGGAGGAUCCACGAGGCCGACGUGCGGAGGGUGCGCAAGGGUAACCACGGAUCAGGCGGGGCCGUUAAUGAGAAGCACGUUGCGAGGAUUUUGCCAAGGAGCGAGAAGGUCUGGAGCGAUUGUGUGAGGCUCGGGGUGGCCCCUGGUCGUGUUCUCCCAGCACGCGUGCGCUGGUUGCCCUGAGAUGGUUUGCUUUAUUUUAUUUUUUUAAUUUUUGCUGAAGCGAUGGCUUGGAUUAGUGUGGUUGGAAAGUGAAUAAAGUCAGAGUACUCAUCGAAGAAAAAAAUUUAUGUUGAUCGGACGUACCACACUCGAUUUUUACUUGUUGUAGAGACGAUCAUGAUAUUUCGAGGUUUACG